AUGAAUAAUUUAGGAAUUGAAAUAGCUAUCGAUAGAGGUGGGACCUUCUGUGAUAUUAUCUCUAAAAUCCCAAAUCAACAAGACUAUGUAUUCAAAUUAUUAUCAGUUGACCCUCAGAACUAUGAAGAUGCUCCGACGGAAGGAAUAAGGAGGGUGUUGGAACGUGCACAGAACACUAGUAUCCCGAAACACGAAAAAUUGAAGUUGGAUUUUAUUAAAAGUAUUAGAAUGGGUACAACAGUGGCUACUAAUGCUUUAUUAGAGAGAAAAGGGUCUGAAGUUUGUUUGAUUACUACAAAAGGGUUUAGAGAUGUAUUGUCAAUUGGGAAUCAAACAAGGCCUAAUAUCUUCGACUUGAAAGCGAAGAAACUAGACCAUUUAUAUAAAGCUGUCCUUGAAAUUGAUGAGAGAGUUACUAUUGAAGAUUUCAUCGAGGGAAAGAAUAUAGUAUCAAAAAUUAAUCCUGAUUACGACCAAACUUUAGUCAAAGGAAUCGCAGGAGAUUUAGUAAGAAUUAUAAAGAAGCCCGACUACAAUGAUAUUCAGCAAGAAUUAGAAGCCUUAUAUAAAAAGGGAGAGAUUAAAUGUAUUGCAUUAUGCUUGUUGCAUUCAUAUGUUUUUCCACAGCAUGAAUCUGAAAUUGCAAAAAUUUGUAGAAAAAUUGGAUUCGAAGUCUCUGUAUCUCAUGAAUUACAGCCUAUGAUAGGGAUGGUUAAUAGAACAUCUUCGACUGUUGCAGAUGCAUACUUAACGCCUAUUAUCAAGGAAUAUUUGAACAGUUUUGGAUCGGGAUUCGAAGGUGGGUUAGAAGCUUUUGGUAAUAAGUUAUUAUUUAUGCAAAGCAAUGGCGGCUUGUGUCCAUGGUAUAAAUUCACAGGUUUGAAAGCAAUCUUAUCGGGCCCUGCGGGGGGUAUGGUUGGCUAUGGUAAAACCUGCUUCGAUUCAGGCGAAUUUAAGGCAACAAUUGGUUUUGAUGCAGGCGGUACAUCUACCGAUGUUUCAAGGUUUUCAGGAAAGUUUAACCAUAUAUUUGAAUCAGUAGUAAGUGAAGUCAGUUUACAGACACCACAACUUGAUAUUUCUACGGUUGCAGCAGGUGGUGGAUCAAAGCUAUUUUGGAAAAAUGGAAUGUUUGUAGUGGGGCCUGAGUCAGCAGGUUCCAACCCGGGGCCUGCUUGUUAUAGAAAAGGAGGACCUUUGACAGUGACUGAUGCUAACUUAUAUUUAUGUAGAUUAUUGCCUGAAUAUUUCCCCCAAAUUUUCGGUCCAAACCAGGAUGAACCGUUAGAUUACGAAGUAACUGCCAAAAAAUUCGAGGAAUUAACUUAUGACAUUAAUCAAGAUAAAAGAGCUGAAGGAGUUAAAUUAACACCUGAAGAAGUUGCAAGUGGAUUUUUAAAAAUUGCUGUUGAAUCUAUGUGUCGGCCAAUUAGGGCUUUGACUGAAGCAAAAGGAUUUAGCACUCAAGACCAUAACUUAGCAUGCUUCGGUGGUUCUGGUGGACAAUUUUCGGUUUCAUUAUGCAAAAACUUAGGAAUUGAACGAGUUGUCAUACAUAAAUAUUCCUCAUUGCUAUCAGCCUAUGGGAUUUAUUUGGCUGAUAUUCUUAUUGAGAAACAAUCUCCAGCUUCGUGGACUUUCGAAGAAAAGAACUUUGUUGAGUUAGAUAAUAAGGUGAAUAAUUUAGUCAGCCAAGUGUAUGAGGACUGUUCCAAGCAAAACUUAAAUCAAUUUUCCAACAAGCUAGAAGUCUACUUAAAUAUGAAAUAUAUAGGGACGGACACACAUUUGUUGAUACCAAAGUGUGAGGGAGAGUAUGAUUGUGCUGCAAAAUUUAUUGAAAGACAUCAAAGUGAAUUCGGCUUCAAAUUAGAUAGGAAUAUUAUGGUCGAUGAUGUACAAGUAUUAUUAAUUAUGCGAAGGUCAAAAGAUAACAACAUCAAUCCAUUUGAAGAAUAUAAUAAGUUGCAAGCUGUUAGAAUUGCAGAUAGUCCUAUAGAGACUAAAAGAGUAUAUUUCGAAAACCAUGGUUGGCUCCCAUCACCUGUUUACAAUUUGAAUGAUUUAAAUUUAAAAGUAGGAAAGGUUGUAAAAGGACCUGCUAUAAUAAUUGAUGAUACUCAAACUAUAUUAAUUGAACCACAAUCAAAAGCAGUAUCACUCAAGGAACAUAUAUUGAUCGAGGUUGAUAAGGAAAAGGAAAUUAAUAUCUCAAGCAGAAAAGUAGAUCCUAUUCAGUUAUCUGUCUUUGCUCACAGAUUUAUGUCAAUUGCGGAACAAAUGGGUAACACAUUACAACAAACUGCUAUAUCAACUAAUAUCAAAGAAAGACUAGAUUUUUCCUGUGCUGUAUUCGAUAGUAAUGGCGAUUUAGUAGCUAACGCACCACACGUUCCAAUCCAUUUAGGUGCUAUGUCUUUUGCUGUCAAAUCCCAGAUGAACAUCUGGGAUGGAAAAUUAGAACAAGGAGAUGUAUUGGUUUCAAACCAUCCUAUAGCUGGUGGAUCUCAUUUACCCGAUAUAACGGUAAUUACGCCUGUUCUAGAUGAAAAGAAUAAACCAAUAUUUUGGACAGCUUCAAGGGGACAUCAUGCUGACAUAGGAUCUAUUUCGGCCGGUAGUAUGCCACCAGAUUCGAAAUCUAUUCAUCAGGAAGGAGCGGCUAUCGUGACCCAUAAAUUAUGUGUUAAAGGAAAUUUCGAUGAAGAUGGGAUUACAAGGCUUCUAUUAGAUGAACCUUCGACAUAUCCUGGCUGUUCAGGGACUAGAGCAUUAAGUGAUAACAUAUCAGAUUUAAAGGCACAGGUAGCAGCUAAUUACAAAGGCAUUUCUUUAUUGAAUAAUUUGCUAGAAUAUUUCGGAUACCCAGUUCUAAGUUUAUAUAUGUCAGCUAUUCAGUCCACUGCAAGUGAAUCUGUGAGAAACUUAUUGAAAUUGACCAAUGAAAAAUUCAAGGGUAAGAAAUUGCACGCAGUUGAUCAUUUAGAUGAUGGUACACCAAUUUCUGUAAUAAUUUCUAUCGAUUCUGAUACUGGUAAUGCAAUUUUCGAUUUUACCAAUUCUGGAAAUGAGAUUUAUGGUAAUUUGAAUGCACCAAAAGCGGUAUUAUAUUCUGCAAUUCUAUAUGUCAUAAGAUCUAUGAUCAGCGAAGAUAUACCAUUAAACAAUGGAUGUUUAGCUCCUGUAAAGGUCAUAACAAGACAUGGAUCUUUAAUAGAUCCUUCUUCGGAGGCUGCUGUGGUAGGUGGUAAUGUUGAGACAUCUCAGAGAAUUGUGGAUGUCCUUUUAAAAGCUUUCGGAGCAGUUGCCGCAUCGCAAGGGACUUGCAAUAACUUUACCUUUGGAAUCAAUGAUACUGAAAACAAUGUUUCUUUUGGGUAUUAUGAAACUAUUUGUGGGGGCUCUGGUGCAGGUCCAAGCUGGAACGGUCAAAAUGCUGUCCAGUGUCAUACGACCAAUACCAGAAUGACUGACGUUGAAAUAUUUGAAAAGCGCUAUCCUGUUAUAUUACAUGAAUUUACGAUCAGACAUGGAUCUGGAGGUGUCGGUGAACAUAGUGGUGGUAACGGAAUAAUCAGAGAUAUUGAAUUUACCAUUAAAAAUUUGGAAGUAUCAUGCUUGAUGGAGAGAAGGUCAAUUGCACCAUUUGGUUUAUCAGGAGGUAAACCCGGUUUGAGAGGGCCAAAUUAUUGGUGCAGAAAAUUAAUGUCUUCGAAUACUUAUCGAAAAAUUUCUCUCGGUGGCAGAUGUUCACUUAAGGUGAACAAAGGAGACCGUAUAAUUAUCAUGACUCCUGGUGGUGGUGGAUAUGGAUGUAAAAAUCCUAUUAAUACUUAA